CCCAAACAGCAGCACAGUCCGGGGAAGCGGUCACUCGGGCAGAGCAGCAACUGUGGACGGACAGAAACAUUCUCAUCCUCUUAGCGCUGCUUUUCUACUCGACGACGUCUUCUAAAUUUGCGCGUGAGAAAUGUAAAACUCUUUGGGCGCGUGUGUGGCUCUGCUCGAGGAGAAAUGCAGCGCUUCUCUUCCUCAGCCUGCUCGAGCUGAUUAACGGCUAGCAUCGCACUCGCGCGCUAAACAAGCCUUGAUUUUUGUGGAUACAGAAACGGACUCAGCUAUAGACCCAACAAACGGACAGAACUACAGAAUCAACGGCUAAAACAAAGGACAGAACUACAGAGUCAACGGCAAAACCAACGGACAGAACUACAGUCAACGGCUAAACCAACGAACAGAGUCAACCGUUAAACAAACGAACUGACCUAGCUAGCUAUUUCUCUUAAGAGUCAACGGCUAAACCCGCGGACUUAGCAAAGUCAACAGCUAAUCCAACGGACUGAACUAGCUAGCUAUAUCGCUAAAGUGUUAAAGUGAAAUUCAGUUGAAAGAGUCAACGUGAAAGAGAUUAACUACCUAUAUUAACGUUUUACCUAACGUUAGCUUUUUCUCUAAAAGGUCAACGGCUAAACUAACGGACUGACUUAAACAGUCAACGGCUAAUCAAUCCCUCGUUUUUGUUUCAGAGUGAACUGAACUUUCAUACUUAAGUGUCCACAGCUGCCUCAGUCAGGCACUGAAGUGCGAAUAUUUGCCUCUUUUUCUUCCGGUGAGUCUACCAGUCCCAUUGCAAUAUACAGGCUGAAAAAUGGAGCUCCACGUCUUCGCUUUUACACUUUUCUCCAAAACUUACCAAUACUUGAACAUGGUGCACGUUUAGACGCUGUUCCGUCCAACCAAAUCUGUCGAUGUCUCCAGCCUCCUCCUCCUACCCCUCCUCUUUCCACCUGCCCUCAAGAUUGUCCAAGACUCGUCUCGCCCUGGAUUAUAAACCGCUCCCAGCUGGACGCUGUGUUUGAGCUGAGAGUAUUUAAAAGGCAUUUCUCCCUCUCUCUCUCGAUCCUGGAGAGCGUGCACCAUCACCAUCAUCAUCAACAGCAGCAGCAUGGCCCGUGCGCGCUCGCGCUGCCGCUGAGGGUGGGCGCGCGCCUUGUGCGCUCUCUGUGCCAUGUGUUAGUGCGCGCGCUCGCGCUCCCGUACCGCGCAGACAUGAUCCUGUUCCGCAGGUUCCGCGUGCUCAUACUCACCGUCUUUCUUGUGGCCUGCAGCGUGCACAUCGUCAUCGAUCUGUUGCCCCGGUUGGAGAGGCGUAACAGCAGCACGAGCAGCAGAUCACCGCAGACCCCCGCGUGCUCGUGCCCGCGCGGCCCUGGCGAAGAAGCGCCCGGAUGGGCCGCGUGGCCCAAUAAACAUACGCUCAGGCUGCUGCAGGACUUCAGCAGCGAGCCAGGCUCCAACCUGACCUCACACUCGCGCGAGAAGGCCAGCACGGCCGAGGCGCCCAGCAGAGUGGACAAUCAGCAUCAGAAUCAUCAGCAGCAGCAGGAUCAACGCGCACGGCCACGACUGGAAGGCCACGAGAGGAGAGGAGACCAUGAGACCGCCUUCAGCAGGAGACCAACGGCUAAAGGCUCUAGACUGCACGCGCUGUUCGAGCACCCGCUCUAUAAGAGACCUCUGCCCACACUGACCGAGGAAGACACUCUGUUCAACGUCAACACUGAUAUCAGAUUUGACCCCAAAGCUGCAGAGAACCAAGAGUGGCAUGGGCAGGAGAAGGAUGGAGAUUAUGCUCCUACAGGUGAUCUCUCCUCAGAUUCUUAUCCAAACUGGCUCCGUUUCCACAUCGGGAUAAAUCGCUAUGAGCUCUACUCCAGACACAAUCCGGUCAUUGAUGCCAUGCUCAAGGACCUGGUUACCCAGAGAAUCACCAGCGUUGCCAUGAAAUCUGGAGGCACUCAGCUGAAGCUCAUCAUGACAUUCCAAAACUAUGGCCAGGCACUCUUCAAACCUAUGAAGCAGACAAGGGAGCAAGAGACGCCUCCAGACUUCUUCUACUUCUCCGAUUUCGAGCGGCACAAUGCAGAGAUCGCUGCCUAUCAUCUCGACAGAAUUUUGGAUUUCCGACGUGUCCCCCCAGUGGCUGGCAGGUUGGUGAAUAUGACCAAAGAGAUCAGAGAUGUGACCAGAGACAAAAAGCUGUGGAAAACCUUCUUCAUCUCCCCAGCCAACAAUAUCUGUUUCUAUGGUGAGUGCUCGUACUACUGCUCCACUGAGCACGCUCUGUGUGGGAAGCCUGACCAGAUCGAAGGUUCUCUGGCAGCGUUCCUGCCUGACCUCGCCCUGGCCAAGCGCAAGACCUGGAGGAACCCCUGGAGACGCUCCUACCACAAGCGCAAAAAAGCAGAGUGGGAGGUGGAUCCAGAUUACUGUGAGGAGGUGAAGCAAAGUCCUCCAUACGACAGUGGCACGCGUCUACUGGACAUUAUGGAUAUGACCAUCUUUGACUUCCUCAUGGGUAACAUGGACCGGCAUCACUAUGAGACAUUUGAGAAGUUUGGAAAUGAAACCUUCAUUAUUCAUCUGGACAACGGAAGAGGAUUUGGCAAACAUUCCCACGAUGAAGUUUCAAUUCUGGCACCUCUGAGUCAGUGUUGCAGAGUGAAGAAGUCCACCCACUUGCGGCUGCAGCUGCUGGCUAAAGAGGAGUAUAAACUAAGUGCUCUGAUGGAGGAGUCUCUCCAGAGGGACUUACUCGCCCCCAUCCUCAUCCAUCCACACCUGGAGGCCAUGGACCGCCGCUUGCGCCUGGUGCUGCAGGUCCUAGCUGACUGCAUUGAGAAGGAGGGCUAUAGCAGUGUGGUGGAGGACGACCUGGCCUCAGAAGGCAUGGACGUGGCCUCGGACACAAGGAGGUAGUAGCCCUGGUGAUAGUAGGCCACCCCUAGGGGUCCUUCCAAGUCCCACCGCAGCUGAAUACACCAUGAACGUCUUGCAAGAGAAACUCUUGAUGACUUUUUCUGAAUUCAGUGAAUUCCAAAGACUCUACCAGUGGACCAUGUUUGUAGAGCCGAACACGUACAUGAAUGGGCGACAUGGACAUAUAUAUCGCUGUCUGAAUAUGUGGACUUGCGUGUCUUAAUAUCAUAGGAGCUCUUUUUGUCUUUGCUCUUUAAAGGCUAAAGCAUAGCGAGCCAACAUUCUUCAACAAAUACCAACAAAAGCAAAGUCUUGGGUUGGUGUUUCAUACCUUUAUGUGAUAGCUGAGAGAUUCUAGAACAUUCUUCCUCUAUUCACACUGUUCUAGAAUGUUCUCUCCCAUUCUAGAAUUAAUCUAGAAUCCAUUCACACUAGUUUGAAACAUUUGGUUUGAGACAUUGGCUUGUCAGUCUGAUUCUGGAAAAGUAUAAAGCCAACUGCCAACAUUAGAAUGCUGGUGUUUGAUGGAGAACAUUGGUUCAGUGUGCCAUGGUCUUAUGGCACAGAUGGCAGUGGAACUGUGCAUUUAACAUAUAUUUCCUUUUUAAGACAAACAGCUUUGAGUGGAGUGCAGGUUAGCUCCAACAUGUGUACGUCACCAACAACCCUGAAAUUAUUUAUUUGAGUUCUGUAUUUAUUUUGAUUAAAGUGGUUUACCAAACUUCUCACAUGAGUACGGACAGCACAGAAAUGGAUUCAAAGCAAAAAAUUUAAACGAGUUGCGGUAUUUGUGAUAGCAUUUAGAAAAGUGAAAGUUUGUGUAUUAAAAACAUUCCUGUUAUAUUGGAAUCAUAUAGGAUUUCAUUUGUAAUAAUAUCAGUAAAUCACAUUAAUGCAAUCUCUAAUUUAAUCACGAACAAUUUUGAGAAGUGGCCUAAAAUUGUGAAUAUUUGGUAUAUUUAUUCAUAGAACAGCCUGACUUAAGAUACAGCACAUGCAGUAAAUGAAUAACCCCAAAAAACAUUAGUAAAUACUUGAAUGGACCACCUUUCUUUGCCUUCAAAACUUUAGGUUUGAGCUUAUGUAAAUGACAGUCACAUUUUUGGUAAUAAUGUUGUACCCACACUUGUACCCAUGUUCACCAAAUCUUCUCCAAUUUUCUUUGUUUUGUCUGACCUAGGAAAAUUUAAAUUCACAUUUUCGUAGAAUGUGGAGCAUUUUUCGCCCCAUUGUGCAUCGCAGAUAUAUAAGCUGCUGUUUCAGAAUUUCCAAAACGUAAGAUUUUGGUCCUAAUCACACAGACAAAGAAUAACUUCAGGGUUAUGUAUGGCUGUGAUGCCGUAUUAUAACUGGUUAGGCGCUCUCUCAUUAGGUGCUAUUGAUGUAAGCAUGCACCAGGCAAUCAGCAAACCUGUUUGGUCACAAUGGAAUUAAAGAAACAUUGUUUCUCUGAAAAUUGUUUCUCCUAAAAUUGCGUUUUUACUAACUGCUUAUUUGCAAAGAUCAUUUAGUCAAUUUACAUACUUUUUAUCACAUUUCCAGUACAGCUUUAAUAUUAUGUAUAUACAUUCACAUUAACUUGAUUUCACACGGUCGAUGUACCUAUUUUUAUUUCCAAGGGAGGAGUGAAUUUGAGCGCUAAUGUACAAAGCUAGCAAGAGUUUAAACUGCACUAGAGCAUAUUUCAGCAACUGCUGAGAAAGGCCUGUAAAUACUAUGUGAAUCCGUUGCCUGUGCAAUUAUAGAAAUACUUGAAUGUUUGGGUUCUGAAUAAAGGGGUUAAGGAACCAAGAGAUGGAAUUUCAUUACCCAGUUAAGGUAACGUGCUACAUUCUCUAUAUAUUGUUUUACAGUUUUCAUAUUGAGUUCAUUCAGACUUUAGAGAUGUUCCGCAUACAUGCUUUUUUCUUGUACUGUUUCAGUGGAGGGUUUCUUUUUCUUGUCCAAGUGCAAUAAACUGAACAUUGCAGCACA